CCAUUCCAAUGUUUGAUAACAAACGCGGCGCGUCUGAGACGGCGCGAUAUUUGUUUAUUUUACGUUUUUUACGCAAGAGCCUCUGAACAUUUUACGGAUUUUACGGUUAUUGUGCACUUGUGGUCGGUUUGAAUUGAAAAAGGUUCCAACCCUUACUCAAUUGCGGUCUUUUUGUAUAUUGAUUCAUCAGCUACCUCAACCUUAAUUCAAAUUGAAAUCAACAGGAGAGCGUACCUGCGCAUUUCGCUAUUUGCUCAAGGACGAGCAGCUGUGCUCCAGAUCAUUGAGGAUGUCGUACCCACUGCAGAUACGAGAUCAUCCUAUUCCUGGCCGUCGCUAUGCGACGGUUGGGAGGGGAGCAUUUGAGGACAAAAUAGCAAAAAUGAGGAUGAGAGAAGAAAACUACUACAAGGUGUGGAACAAUGUCGUUAACUAUUACGAUGCAAUGGAUGUCAAGACGAAGUCUCAUAGCAAGUGGGCAUCAAAUGACUUCUUUGUGCGAAGUUACCAGAAUUACUGCGAGCGGGAGCGUGCGAGACAGGCGGAGGCCAACCUUGAGCUGCGGCGCUCCAAACUCAAGGAAAAACUGCAGCGGGAAGAUGAAUUAUACAAGAUGGAGCUGUCACAGCUGCCGGCGCACUGUCGGGCGCGCGCCUGCCGUUCCGACUCGGACGAGUACCGGCUCCGCCAGCAGCGCGUUGAGUCAAUGCGCGCCCAGCUGGAGGAGUCCCAGAGACACCAGGAGCAGGAGAGGCUGGAGCAGGCCCGCCAGCGACUGGAGCAGCACUGGCGGAUCAACAACGCCGUGCUGCGGCAGGUGGAGUCUGAGCGUCUGACGGAGGGCGCGCGGCAGAUGUGGGAGCAGCAGAUCCGCGAGAAAGCAGAGCGGGAGCAGCGCCAGCGCGACCAGGAGGAUGCAGAGGAGGAGGAGCGCAGGAGGAGGUGGGAGGAGGAGGAGCGGCGACUCCAGGAGGAGGAGCAGGCCCGCCAGCGCAGUCUGCGGCAGGCGCAGGAGGUGCUCGAUAAGCAGAUGGAGGAAAUCAGGGAGCGGGAGCGUGCCGAGGCCGAGCUGCGGGACCAGGAGAACGAGCUGAUGGUGCGCCACCAGCAGAUCGAGGAGACCAUCGCUCGUCGCCAGGAGGCCGAGCGGCGGCGCAGGUGUCGCCAGAUCAGUCUGUUCCAGGCGCAGCAGUGUAACGCCAAGCUACGGCAGCGCUCGGCAGAAGUGGAGGAGGCGCUCAAAGACGAACAGGAUUUCCUCGACGCUCUGAUGGCCUCAGGAGACCGGGACCGUCUGAAGCUGGCAGAGGCGGCCGAGAGAGCCGAGUCCAAGCAGCUGAGACAGGUGCUGCAGAAACAGCUGGAGCUGGAGCAGCAGCGGCGCGGCCAGCUCGAGCUGCUCUUCAAUGAGGAGGCGGAGCGUCUGUGGCGCCGGCGCGAGGCCGACUGGGCGCGCGAAGAGCAGGCGCGUCGCCGCCUCAUGGAGGACGUGGUCGCCAGCUGGCGGCAGCAGAGCGAGCAGCGGCUGCAGCGGUGCCGCGCCGACCGGCAGCGCGAGGCAGAGCUGCGCGAGGCGGCGGCCGCGCGCGCCGAGGAGCAGCGCCGCUUCGUGCAGCAGACGGAGGAGUUGCGCCGUCAGCGGCAGGCCGAGCUGCGAGACAGCUGGGCCAGACAGGUGGAGGACAAGACGCGCCGCCGGGACGCCGAGAUACGAGAGGAGCAGAGCGAGCUGCGGCACCAGCAGGAGGCCGACCAGCGCGAGAUGGAGCGACUCCAGCAGGAGCUCAGCAGGAUGCAGUUCAACGCCAGGAGCUUCAACCAGUACCGGGACCACCGUCAGACACGCAAACUAGCCUGGUGAGCUGGGUGGACGGGCGGCGACGUCAGCCACUCGGCCCUCUGUGAUCUCACAGCGCUCGGAACAGAAACAGCUGCCUUGGGACCAAUCGUACGUCGACGCAACUCUGUGGACCAGUACGCGCGUGAAGUGUCAUACGCGCACAAUCAUAUGUGAUCCCACAGUCUAUGGAUAGGACCCUUGUCGUAUCCGUACAAUACCGUGUCAUACUUACUCUGGACCAUCCGUUGAGUCACCCAAACUGAAGAUGGACGGAUUAGUGUAAAACCCUGUGGAUCUACCACGACCUAGUGGCCAACUCUGGAUUUCUAGAGUAAUGCGCUGGGUGUUAUCUCCGCAACGGGAACCGGUGCCUUGUCUUCAUCGAGUGUAUGUCGUAUCCCGCGUGUGUGUGCCUUUCUCUGCUCAAGUAGCGUUCGCUAGCGAGCGUCACAAGCUCACUGUGUUGUGCUAUAGUUUAGUGAAAUACUGCACGUGUGUGCUGCGGCUCGCCACGACAGACUCCCGGCUGGCCUGCAUCACUCGGCGUGACCAUCUCACAGUGUGGCGAAGAGUGUGUUUUCAGUCGAGCUCAGCUACAAUCUGAUCGGAUAUGUGUUUGACAUGUGAAAUGGCGUGUUUGUAGUUAUGAAUAAACGACACAUCGUUAA